AUGCAUAAGCGAAGCUAUACUAAAGUCCCUGCUCUCAGCAACAAGAGACCUACUCGUACAAAUAGCUCGGAAGGAAUUCUUACCUCAAAAACAAACACAAGUCAGAGGCAAAGAAGCUCUUCCAAAGAAAUAUCUCAGCCUCGGGUAAAAAUUAGCAGAAAAGGAAAGAUUCCUUCUCUUCCUAUUAAAAAAAUCACAAAGAAUAGGAACUUAGAAGAGCUUUUCAAUUUAUUUCGAAAGCCAACUCAACGUUAUGAUUUUAUUGACCAAGAAAUGGAUAACUUGAUGGGCGAAGUAGAUGAAAUUAUCAAGUUUUGUAUAGACUUAUCAAGAAAAUAUAAUACCGACAUAAGGGAAACUGAGUAUAGCGACUAUUUGAAAACUCAUAAGAGUUCUUCAGAAAUACUAGAUAAUUCCAGUAUUUCCUCUGGAAAAAUGUAUCAUUUUGCUAAAAGCAAUGAAUCGACUAAUAGAAAAAGAAACAGAAUGAAAACAAGAACUAUGAGCUCAAAACAACUCCCAGCUAUUGAAGCUAACAAUUAUUCGGUUAUUGUGCAGAAUGGCUACCACGAAGAACUUAAUAAAAUCGAGCAAAUUUCGAUCCCACCUUUAAUUUCAAAAUCUUAUUUAUCAAACAGGAAUAUGUACAUUGUAUAUGAAAUGGUGAAAUUUAUUUAGAAAAAAGGAAGGUGCUAUGAGUGUGCUGGGACGUGUAAAGAAAAGCAUGAUGAUUCUAUGCUGAGCAGGACUUCGAGUAAGAAAAAUGUGAAAUUAGAAAGGUCGUUUAAAAUGAGAAAAAAGCCUGAAAUAUCUCAUAAUGUAUACUUAUAA